AUGAGCAGUGAAUAUUGGAAAGUAGCCGGUGCCGUCAUCCUACCCAAUGUGGGAGGUAUUAUGGGUGGUUUUAUUACCCGCAAAAAUCUCGAUCCAUGGUAUAAGAAAUUAAAUUUCCCCUCCUAUCGUCCACCAAAUUGGUUAUUUGCUCCAAUGUGGACUUCGAUCUAUUCAUCGAUGGGCUAUGCCUCGUAUUUGGUGUGGAGAGAUUGUGGCGGUACGUUUACAGGUGAUGCCAAAUGGCCAUUGAUCACAUAUGGUACACAAUUGGCAUUAAAUUGGGCAUGGACUCCAAUCUUCUUUGGCAAUCACAAUAUUAAAGGGGGUCUAAUAGACAUUGCAGCUCUAACAACAACAGCCACUCUAUGUGGUGUGCUUUUUUAUCGUGUCAACAAAAUUGCCGGUUUAUUGUUUAUACCCUACAUUGCUUGGCUUAGCUUUGCCACAAUGCUUAACUAUUCCGUAUAUAAAUUAAAUCCCGAAGAUAAACAAGCAACAAAAGCUGUAGAAGACACCAAAAAAGAAUAA